UCCGCCAUAUUUAUAAGUGGAUGUUACUUUCUGAACUUCCUGGAUUGAGUAAAAAAGUAAACAACGUACGACUUAUGGUUUAAGCUCCAAGUAUCGACAUUUUGUCACGAUGGCGGGGUUUGAUCCGGACGAUAAAUAUAGUUGGUAUUUUGGUCCACUAAAUCGCGAGGAAGCCAACGAGAUUUUACAGCCAACUCAAUCAGGAGGAGAGUUCCUAGUUCGAGAUAGCCAAUCUAUAAAAGGCGACUUUGUGCUAUGUGUAAAGGAAGAUAAUAAAGUAAGUCACUACAUAAUCAACAAAAUAGCUGUGGGCAACACAACAAGGUUCCGUAUUGGAGACCAGGAGUUCCCUGACAUCCCAAACCUUCUCAGCUUUUAUAAAACACAUUAUCUGGACACGACGUCUCUCAUCAAACCGGCGACAAGGCUUAAGGUGGUCGCCAAAUUUGAUUUUCCAGGAAACGAUCCAGAAGAUUUGGCAUUCAGGAAAGGCGAAAUAUUAGAAGUUAUAUCAAAAGACGAGAAAGAUUGGUGGACGUGUCGAAACAGUCAUAAUCGUGUGGGACAGAUCCCCGUACCUUAUGUUGUGAAAUUUGACGGAGAGAUGAGUGACCAGUUACUGGACCUGAAUGGCCCAGAGCAACCACAAGGUCAGGGCUAUAUGUCCCCGGCCAACCCUGUAAACCAGCCGAGUCAGGUAGGGCAGAACAAUAUCGGCAACGUGCAUGGUCCACCGCCUGGCAGCCCUCCCCCAACCACUCCUGCUCCGCCGUCUGUAAAAUUACCAGCCAUGGCCGUGGUAGUACAGCCACGGAUACCAAAUCUUUAUGACAAGACACAAUUGAAGUUAGAGAAAGGUGAAAUUGUGACAGUGACUAAAAUGAAUAAAAACGGACAAUGGGAAGGAGAGAUUCAGGGGCGGAAAGGAAUUUUUCCGUUUACCCAUGUUCGAUUUAUGGACAAGGAUGGAACUUUGACGUAGCCCUACUGUAGCGUACUCUAGGCUUUUAUACAAUUGGUGUUACCUAACCCAUCUUGUGACCAGUCCUACUCGGAUGCCAAAAUUGGACCUAUGAGUGACCAUAUAUUUUGUCAGGACAAGGUGGAGAAUUAAUUUGGUGGAGGUGUAGUUUAUGCUACUACACAUUGGACUUAGCAUCGGCCUCCUUAGGCUGUCCCUACAGGACCAGAAACUGGGACAUAGGGGCAGAUAGUUCCCUACGGGACCAGAAACUGAGACAUAGAGGCAGAUAGUAGAAAUCAUAAUAUGCUUAUUCAAGAAAUAGGAAAAGGGGGAUAUGUGUUUACCUGACUUUUAAUAAUAAAUAGUGUAUACUAGAAUACUUCACCCAGUAAAAUAGAAAAUGUAUAUGCUUACCUAGCCAUAGAAUUAUUAUGUAUAGUAAGCAGUGUAUUAAAACUGCUGCCAAAAUUGAAACUAUGGUGAACAUUUCCCAGUAUACAUACUAUUCAGUUGAACUUUGUUAGUGACAAAUCAAAUUGUGGAUUAUUUUUAAUGACUUGAAAUUUAUAUGAAUUUGAAAAAUUUGAAAUUGGACAUUUUUGCUUAUAUUUCAUCUAUGCUUGAAGCCAUGAAUAUAUGAAAAGUUAAGGAAAUUAUAAUUAAAUUUGUAUCACUUACCUUGCACACACCACGAUAUAGUAUAAAAGAUGUUGGACUAUCUAAGACAUCUAGUUAUGUCCUGUUUGGACAGUAGAAAUCACCCUAUGUUUUCAUUGUAAGGCACUAGAGGCAGUAUUAAAGCAAGCUCUAGUGAAUAAUUGACACUACAUAAUGAAUUGUAUUGAGCUUUUGACACUAUAGAUUGAAUUGUAGUGAACAAUUGACACUAUAGAUUGAAUUGUAGUAAACAAUUGACACUAUAGAUAAUUAAUGGUUAAGCCAUAUCAGCUAUACUUUGGAGCUGUACAGUUAAUGGUUAAGCCAUAUCAGCUAUACUUGUGUACUAUACAGUUAAUGGUUAAGCCAUAUCAGCUAUACUUGUGUAGUGUACAGUUAAUGGUUAAGCCAUAUCAGCUAUACUUGUGUACUGUACAGUUAAUGGUUAAGCCAUAUCAGCUAUACUUGUGUACUGUAAGUUAAUGGUUAAGUUAUAUAUCAGCUAUACUUGGGUAUUGUACAGUUACUGGUUAAGCCAUAUCAGCUAUACAUGUGUACUGUAAGUUAAUGGUUAAGCUAUAUCAACUAUACUUGUGUACUGUACAGUUAAUGGUUAAGCUAUUCAGCUAUACUUGUGUACUAUACAGUUAAUGGUUAAGCUAUAUCAGCUAUACUUGUGUACUGUACAGUUAAUGGUUAAGCUAUUCAGCUGUACUUGUGUACUGUACAGUUAAUGGUUAAGCCAUAUCAUCUAAACUUGUGUGCUGUAAGUUAAUUGUUAAGCCAUAUCAGCUAUACUUGUGUACUGUACAGUUAAUGGUUAAGCCAUAUCAUCUAUACUUGUGUACUGUACAGUUAAUGGUUAAGCUAUAUCAGCUAUACUUGUGUACUGUAAGUUAAUGGUUAAGAUCAGCUAUACUGUAACCUUCAAAAUAUGAAAUAUCAUAAAAUCACAGUUUACACAAUGUUUUUGCUACCUAAAUUUUAUAUCAGGCUGUUUCUACAAGAAUUGGGAAGUUGAAGUAUAAUGUCUUUGAAAUUGGGAAGAUAUUCCUCAGUUUUUUCUUCAUUUGUGAAAAAUAAAGCACUUUUUUUUCGGGGUGUAGCAGCCUAUAUUUGGCAAAACAAAUCAUUGUUAUAUGUUUGGACUGCUACUGCUAAUUUGUUCUAAUUUCAUAUCUGAUCAACUUUUCUGUAAAACUUGACAUUUAUCUAGGAGAAAUGUCACAAGCACUAUUUCCUAACAUACUUUAUUAUAGAUGAAGAUUCCCAUACUGGGAAAAUACAUUUAUGGCUUUUUGUGUUUAAAAGGCAAAUACUGGUUUAGUUGAUUUAUAUAUUGUAGUAUUAUUUCAUUUGUGUACAUAGACAAAAUCAAUUGUAGAUAUUUUAUAAAAGACAAAUUGUAUAAACAAACAGUGAACAUAAAAUAGGAAUGUGUGUGAGAGAAAUAUAUGUGGGACGGUAUAUCCCUACAAACCAUGUACAUAGUAAUGUAUACAAUUGUACUGUUGAUACGCUGUUUGCAUCUGCUUUCUGACAGUUACAGGAUAAGCCCGCGGUGUUGUUAGAAUGAACAAAUAGAAUACACACUCCUCAACAUAACAACCACAGACUCACAGAGGUUUUAACAUUAUUGUAAUACUCAAAACAGCCAGUUUUGUUCAUGCUUAAUUAGUAGUUUGAAGAAGAUUACAAUUUAGAAUACCGUGCAAGUGUUGUAUAAUUAACCGAAUCCCUUAUCUGUCUGGUCUCUGUGUCCAGUCAGUGUAACAGCCAUCAACAGUACUGCAGCACUGUAUUUGUCACGAGAAACACACGAAGAUCAAUUUCAUAGAAAAUCUGUUUUAGCAGUAAACUGUCAACUUCUUCACUAAGUUUUACAAAGUAUGGUAAAGUUCAGAAAGCUUCAUUUAAUUCGGAAGAUGUUUUGUACAAUCAUUCUCAUUAGUGGAAUCAUUGACGUAUCGUGAAUCCUUCUCCGGACCUGACUUACUGGCAGGUAAAGUAAAGCUACAGACCAACUAUAAAGUCCGAUCAGUAUGGUGUGAAUGCUAAACCAGAUAAGAGAAAUGAUCAGAACAUGUCACCACCAAAAUUUUGUUGGAAAAUAUGGUAAAAGAAUAAAAUGAGACUUGCAAAAGAAUUUUAGAAGGUUCGCUAUAUCAGUAUUUUCAUUCUGUGUCUAUUUUUGCAAACAUGUUGAACGACAUUUGUUUUAUAAAUUAAAACUGAAAGUCAUUAAAUUAACGUCGUAAUGAUAUAUUGUGUUGAAGUAAAAUUUUAGAAAAAUUAAUUCCCAUGGAGAAUAAUGUGGUGAUUUUGAGAUAAAAUGUCUCCAACCAUGGGUUUUUUCAAUGACAAAAAAGAUCUUGGUAAUGUUAUUUUGAUAUAACUGAGUGCAUACUAGUAAGUGUGACUAGUCAGAUGUAUCGUCACUUUACUGUCAAAACACCUUGUUAGAGAGACAUGCAUCAUAACAUUAAUUAGAUGUAUGUUAGUUACUAUAGUAACAACCCCUUGCUAGAGAGACGACACAUCAUUAUUGAGUGGUGUAAUAUUGUCCAUAAUUGUUUAUAUAGUAGAGUAAUUAUAUAUAGUAACAUGCUCGGGCUAGAAUCGUGCCUAGAACCCUAUAAUGUAAUUACAGUAAUUUCUGUACAGAACAAUGUUGACUUUGCUAGAUCGUCAUUGAGUCGUAGCUGGUAUUGUAAGUCUGGCUAGACCGUCAUUGAGUUGUAGCUGGUCUUGUAAGUCUGGCUAGAUCGUCAUUGAGUCGUAGCUGGUCUUGUAAGUCUGGCUAGACUGUCAUUGAGUCCUAAUUGGUCUUGUAAGUCUGACUAGACUGUCAUUGAGUCCUAAUUGGUCUUGUAAGUCUGGCUAGACUGUCAUUGAGUCCGAAUUGGUUUUGUAAGUCUGGCUAGAUCGUCAUUGAGUCCUAAUUGGUCUUGUAAGUCUGGCUAGAUUGCAUUGAGUCCUAAUUGGUCUUGUAAGUCUGGCUAGACUGUCAUUGAGUCGUAGCUGGUCUUGUAAGUCUGGCUUAAUCAUCAUUGAGUUGAAGCUGGUCUUGUAAGUCUGGCUAGACCGUCAUUGAGUCGUAGCUGGUCUUGUAAGUCUGGCUUGAUCAUCAUUGAGUUGAAGCUGGUCUUGUAAGGUUGGCUAGAUCGUCAUUGAGUCGUAGCUGGUAUUGUAAGUCUGGCUAGACUGUCAUUGAGUCAUAGCUGGUAUUGUAAGUCUAGCUAGAUCAUCAUUGAGUCGUAAUUGGUCUUCAAAGUCUGGCUAGAUCGUCAUUGAGUUGUAGCUGGUAUUUGAGCCUGGCUAGAUCAUCAAUGAGUUGUAGCUUGUAUUUUUAAGUCUGGCUAGAGUAUUGAGUCAUGACUAGUAUUUGAGUCCUACUAGAUUGUCCUCGAGUUGUAACUGGUCUUUGAGUCUGACAAGAUUGUCAUUGUGUUGUGGCUGGUCUUUGAGUCUGGCUAGUUCGUCAUUUAGUUGUAGUUUGUCUUUAUGUCCAUAAUACUUGUAAUAUGUAAAGAUCAUCAGUUCUAACUAAUCAAUAUAAUUCAAGCACAUUUUCCUAUCAUACACUAGUAUAGAAACACUAUAUAAUUAAAUAUAUUAUGAGAUUGAUUUUAAUAUCCAAUAUUUGAUUUUGUGAAAUAUUUAUUGAGAUUCCAUACACGUGUAGUACUAAGUUUGUAUAUCACAAAUGUUAAACAUUGUAUACUGUUGUAAUCAAAGUUUGAAUUCUACUUCUCGGUGCUGGAAAGCCUCAUGUCUGUUUCCUUGGUUUAUUAUUUGUUGAGAAAUUUACACUUAUUUUUUAAUUUAAUAUGACAUUAUUGAAAUCACUGGAAUGAUUUGUAUGCCAAUUGCUUAAAAACUUAUCUCACUCAAGUGUGAGAUUCUAUUCCACAAAACCCUUCUAUCUGUGAGCUCCAGCUUCUGUAUCAGGAGUGAUGUUACCCUGUCAAGGGAGAUGUAGUCAUGUGACAUGGCUGCUUCUUUUGUUAUGAUAUUGCAAAGUGGAAACGAUCAGUCAAAUCAAAAUGGCUAAAAGUGUGAUUACACUGUUACAUACGGUAACACUAUGUGAUAAUAGAGUAGAUACCAGAAUCAAACAUUGAAGGUUGUAUGCCCAGAGCCACUUGUUGAAGCUACCACAUGUUAUUGUUUGAGAUGAAGCAGAAUAUGUUUGGCUCAUACAAUAUAUCGUAAAGAGAACAUUUCACUGUUGAUUUUAAUGUAACUUGAAAUUCAGUUUGCUUAACCGUAAAAAAAGUUCUCACAAAGUAUUGAUAUUUGAUAUUACCAAGCCUCUGGAGCUUUAUAAGAUUUUUAUGUUUAUAUCAUUGUCAGGGUACUCGUCACACACCUGGGCCUGUGUUCAUAAAGCCAUUGUAAUGCUUAAACUCUGAUUCUGUGCUCAAGCCCAUUUUUCUUGUUCUGGUGAUAAAACAUUUUAUCAGUAAUUUGGAAGAAGUUAAGAAGGACAUAAAGCUGAAAAUUAUUUUCAUUGUUUACACUUAAAUUUUUCUUAAUGCCACAUGAUUUAAGCGAGUUACAGGAAAGUUGGUUUGAGCACAGGAUCCAUGCUGAAGCAUGAGAACGGUUUCAUGAAUAAGGGCCCUGUAGUUGCUUUUUGUCAGCAAUAUUAGUGUUUACUGGUAAAAUAGAUAUAUUUAUUUCUUUAACAUACUUUCUUAAGAAAAAAUAUUUUCAGAAGUCUGUAUCCAGUAUUGCAGGUCAUUUCUUUGGAAGCUUCAUGACACCCUGGGAGGUUGAAAGCCAGGCUUUACAAGAAACAUUGGUGUAGUGGACGACCCCGAGAGGUUAAAAGCCAGGUUUUACGAGAAAGUUUGGUGUAGUGGGCGACCCUGGUUGGUCAAAAGCUGAGUUUUACAAGAAAAUUUGGUGUAGUGGGCGACCCUGGUUGGUCAAAAGCUGGGUUUUACAAGAAAGUUUGGUGUAGUGGGCGACCCUGGGAGGUUAAAAGCCAGGCUCUAUGAGUACAAUUUAUGUAGUUGGCAACCCUGGGAGGUUAAAAAGCAGGUUUUAUGAGUAUGUGUGAUGUAGUUGGCUACCUUAGUCAGAGGUCAGACCAGACUUUACAAGUAGAUGUUAUGUAGCUGGCGACCCCCAGAGGUUUAAAGCAGGCUUUAUGAGUAGGUUUGGUGUAGUAACUAGUAACUAUACUUUUGAAUGGAUAAUGUAAUGAUGGGUUGUAUGCACUUUACAUUUUAAUAAAUUAUAUUUAAGUAAUUGUCAUUUAAAGAGUCUUUAAAUUUAAUACAAAUGAAUUAAAAUACAAACCUAAAUUUUUGCCUUAUAUGUAUGUUUGUAACUUUGAUUAAUCCGUACAUGCUAUGUACACUAAUCUGCUAAUUGACCUCUAACUUAGAUAAGUAUUUUUGUAGAUUGUUGUGUUAUUAAACAUUGUAAUGACAUGAUAUUCUAAUGUAGACUAAAUAAUGACUAAAUUAACUAAAUUCCAGUUUGUUUUUCAGUUUUGACUUUAUUUUCUGAAAAUUUGUCACCCUUUAACCUUUAGCUUUAUAUUAUUUUGUAUAACAA